AAACGUGACGACGUUGGGCAACACUGGCUCAUGGUACAAAGUGAGUCACACAGCAGGAAAGCAGCACAACAUUUUUCACAUUGUGAUCACUUUUUCUUUUCUGUUUUUUUUUUCUUUCUUUAACAUUUCCUCCCAGUGUCAGAGGAGCUGCUGCGGACGUGAAGCGCUGCCUCGGUGUUGAUGGACCUCCGAGGACGAACAGCGAGGACGGAUUCAGGAAGUCAACCGUAAAGAAGAAGAAGAAGAAAAAAAAAGGCGAAGAAUGUAAACGAUGUGCUCCACUGACAGCAACGCGGGGCUGCAGCCGACGUCGUCCGACCCGGCUCUCCUCUUGGAGCUCAAGACCAGGCGUCCCCCGUCCCUGGUGGACCGUGCGGGAUGCGAGACGUGGAGCGUGGACUUCUCCCCGGACGGAGCGUGGUUCGCCUGGUCCAUGGGUCACGGCAUCGUGUGGGUGGUCGCCUGGCCUCUGGACUCCGAGGAAAGUCAGAAUGGGGAAACCGACCGAGGAGACAAGAGCUUCAGCUGUGGUCACCCGGUCUGGGGCCUCACAUUCGGACCCAGACCACCGAAAUCAGCAGCGCGUCCGGCUAAACCGUCAUCAAAAGGGAGCCUGCUUCUGGCCACUGGCUUGCAGAACGGGGUGAUCAAAAUCUGGAACGUGUUUACAGGUAAUCCUGUGUUUGACCUCCACGGCCACGAGGGAGUCGUGAGGAACCUGGUCUUCCCUCCGAACGGGACGCUCACGCUCAUAUCAUCUUCUCGGGACAAGACUUUGAGGGUUUGGGACCUGACUGAUAAAGGUAAAAAGGUGCAAGUGCUUCACGGCCAUAAAGACUGGAUCAGCUGCUGCAGCGUGUCGUCCGACUGCAGCAUGAUCGCGUCCGUCGGCAGAUUUGACAGAAUGGUGUGUCUGUGGAGUCUACGGUCGUAUACGUUCAUCAGGAACCUAGUCGGAGGAACCCAUUACACCUUCUGCCUUCUGUCUUCCUGCGACUUCUCUCCUGAUGGAUCGGUGCUCGCCACUGCCGCCGCCGCCGUCAGCAGCUCCAGCUGGUGGAUCGACCUCUGGGACCCGUACACAGCGGAGAAGCUGGCUACUGUGGUCGACUACUUUGAAGACUUUGUGCUAAACCAAAUAUCAGCAAUACAGUUCUCUCCCAACGGUUUGCACCUGUCCAUAGUGACUGACGACAGAGCUCUUAGGAUCUGGCAGCUCGGAGAGAAAGGGAUGGUGAUGGAGACGAGGAGAGACAGAGACUCCAACGGACUCUGCUGCAACUACCAUCCACAAGGGGGAGUGGUUGCCACAGGAACCAGAGACGGCCAUGUGAGGUUCUGGAGGGCUCCGACAACAAUACCGAGCUUGUGCCACCUGUGCCGAUCCAUCCUGCGCUACUCCGUCUCCACGCACCAGAUUGAGGCGCUGCCUCUCCCCAAAAGGAUCCUCGAGUACCUCACCUACAGAAACAUCCCUGAACGCCUCAACGCCUGUGGCUCCUCUGACGACGAGGAGUGGGACAAGAACAUUAUCUAGACACAUUAAAUCAACGCUAAAGCAAAAAACAUUAAACAGCUGACGUCACAGUGAGCGACCUUUUGUUUUCUGAGAUGCUUUCAAAGCUUGUCCGAGCGUAGAAAAGAAUCUUAGAUGCAACCUUCCUACACUAAGGAUUUGAUUUAUUGCACUACUAGAGUAAUAUGAUGCAUAAACUCAUUGUUCACACAAUUAUCUGACUUGAAUAUCACCAUUUUUUUACUAUUAAUUUAUUGUGUAAAUAUAAAAAAUGUAUAUGCAUUUCUAAUUCCUGUUUAUCAUUAUAAGACUGCACAUGCACAACUACUGUAUCUGCACAUUUUAAUUGUUAAUAUAAGAUAAAAACUGGACUUAUAGGAAAAAGUUUUAUUAAACAUUAAAACACA